AUGACAGAAAAAAAAACGAUGCAAAAAGAGAAAAAAGUUAAUUGCCUUGAAAAGGGAUCAAUUCCUGUCGAGGCGGAGCUUCUUGUCUGCGUGCAGCUUGUUGGCAUGUUGUCGUUUUCCCCACUUGUUGAUCUGCUAUUAUCGUCUCAGACUAUUUUGGUCGAUCCCAGGGCCAUCCACUGCGCUGGGAAUCUCGACUGGGCGGCGCGGCUUUCUCCACAACCCGAGCUUCGGGAUGAGUUUAUUCCCACCGCGGGCUUCGCAGCUUAUCAGAAUCAGAUUUUGUCGGGAGCAAGAAGUGAACAGGAAACACCCUUCCCUCUUCAAAAAUCCAAGAAUACAGGUAGAAACGCGACCAUGCUUGACUUCUCCGACGAGGCGUCGCAUCACGAAAAAUGCUACACGACCAUCGGGAAGCUGCCGGCCUUUGUCGAUCCCAAGCAGCCGCCCCAGAAGAAGUCGCCCUUUUCGGCCAUUCUAAACCAUCCCUUUGUGCAUACUAUCGCGCCUUCCUCCUCUGGUGCAGGGGUCCUGAGACUGGAACUGGGCAAGGAAAAGUACGAACGCACCGGCCUCACCGGCAAGCCUAUCCGCAGCGGCGGACGAAAACAUGCCAAGGAGAGAUUCGUUGUGGAGAUCAAUCUGCGAUUGCCUUCGAUGCUCCAUGGCAAGAAGGGCUUCGAGCGCAUCGUGUGGGCGUUCAAAAACGUCCUCAACCACUCUGUUUCGUGGCUGUUCUACGAUCUGGCAUCAGACUCCGCCUCCCUGGACCAAGCGAACAGCCCCCUCAAACAGCAUCAUCCUCAGAUUGUCGAAUGCACUGCCGUCGAAGCUGUCCACCAGCCUAUCCUCGUUCCACCGCUCUCCGCAGAUCAGAUUACAGCUCUUGAGACAGAGGAAGACAUCCGGGACUAUUGCAAUGACAUUUCGGAAUGGCUCGCCCUUGUCUCCCUCGAUUCCCCUCGAGUCUCCGCGAAUGAUAAUAUCGACCCCUAUCUGAGCCGUUACGCCGUACCACAGCAGGACCUCGCCAAGUCUUCCGCUACCGUCAGUCUCAAAUGGCACGGUCUCAUACCGUCCCAGUGGAUCAUACACCUAUUCAUCAGCAUCCUACGAGAACGCAUUCUCCGCGAACCCCAUCCGAAUGCCUGGUUUGCCUUAUCCUGCUCUGCCCUGGGGAGAGACGCAGUAGAAAGCAAGGAUGGAUAUACAAUUCUGUAUCUACCGGCGUCUGGAUCUUCUGCUCAGGAGAACUCGGGGCAGGCUCCUGUCGCAUCUGAAGAGCCCGCAAGCGUUGGCGAAGGUAGCAGUCGCCGACAUUUCAUCUGCUGGGACCAUCGUUUUACAAAUGUUCGCUCAAAAGCAUCCAUUCGAGACAUCUUAACGAACAUUACAAUCAACAUGGAUUACGACGUCAUUGAUCCUGCUCCCUUCACCUCCGACCUGUUCUUCUACCUUGACCUGGGCUCGCCCGAAAUCCAGGUUCCGGAUUGUAUGAGUCUCGAGACCCCGAGCGAUCUGCUCGAGGUUACACCUACAUCUUCUGGCGGGACUACUUCAUCCACCAGCAACAAUACCGAAGAUGCUUCGUCCAGCCGAAGCAUCAGUCGGGACGUGACCGAAGAAACCAGCGGGACUGCGCCUAUCAAUCUGCAGCUCCCGGCCGGGUCUGAGAGCACCUCCGACUCGAAUUCCGCUUCCAACGGUGAGGGUGAGGGCGUUGACUCCCCUCACUUGUCGGAAGAAAACAACGAACCUCACGAACAAGAUCUGGAUUGGGACGGAUUCCUGGUGUAUUCGCCUUGCGAGGUGGAUGUUUCCCUUCCAGACCCCGAAGCCCCCGUGGAGGCCAACGUCGACCGGACACCCCCGACGAACGACGACACCGUCGAAGAACCUCCUCGCAAGCGCAUCCGGGCGAGGAGGCGGCAAAUCGUCCCUGCAGAGAUCUCCUAUUCGCAACUUGCAGGGGCAGCACCAACGCAAAUGCCCCCUCGAACGUCCGCACCCACUCCAACUCCGACUCCAACUCGAACUCGACAAGGCCCCUCUUUCGCAGAUCCCCAAACCGCGGUCAUCCCUCUGCCGCCAACCACUGCGGCUUCUGAAAACCCUUGCGGGCAGACGUAUCAGCCUCUGUUCCCGCAAUUUCAUGGCCAGACUAUGUCUGUGCCUCUUGUGCCCACGGGCACAAACGUCCUCUACGAGAGCGUCUCCCUCACUGCUCUGGCCUCAGUGACAUCGAGGGCUCACUUUAUCCCCUCCAGACCGACAGUGGAGGAGACAUUUUCAUGGCAGGGCCAAAUACAAGCGGCUCCUGCUUACCCGCCUCCGGCCGCAACUCCUAGUGCCCGCCCCUUCGCGCCACAGCCCUCACGACCAGCACGAAAAUUCACCUUCGCCGAGAACACCGUGCCCAGCAAUUUUGUCCCCAACCCGAACAACCAUGGAAGAUGGUUAGUCGACGAACUUGGACGGCGGCACUACCUGAACGCGCCCAAGAACAAGCGGCCCCGUAUGGAGGUCACUUGA